AUGUUGGACGGGGGCUUGGGCAAGUUGCAUAAGCGGAUGAGGGGCCGGUUUGGCGAAACGUUACACCCUGACGAUGCAUAUUUGAGCUUGACGAGGGAGGAUAUGCAGACACUCAAGAAUGACUGGCUGACGGACAAUGCCGAGGGAGGCACACACUGGUCCCUGCUUCUCAUCUCGAUCGUGGACGGCAUCGCGUUCCACUAUGACUCGCUCCCCCCCGGCAAUCACUGGGAGGCGUACAACGCGACGGUCAAGGUGGGCCGGCUGCUUAACCGGGCGAUCCGCUUCGUCCACCUGAGCGACUCGCCGGUGCAGGAGAACGGCAGCGACUGCGGCGUCUUUGUGUGCCUGACUAUGCGGUACUUGUUGCUCAAGCGUCUCCUCCAGACCAACAGCGACCGCAAGGUCAGUAUGAGUCUUGGCCACAAGGAGAUCAACGCCACCGCGGGGCGCAAGGAGAUCGCCAAGAUCAUCGACGGCUUCCGCAAGGAGGGCGAGCGACGUAGAUCUCAACUCCAAAUAUAUAUAUAUAACAUGAACUCCCUCCCUGCCGCCUACUACCGCGGGGGCACCUCGCGCGCUCUUCUCUUCCAUGAACACCACCUCCCCCGCGACCGGACGGCAUGGACACGCAUCUUCCUCGGGGUGAUGGGCUCCCCCGAUGCAAGGUACAGCCGCCAGCUGGACGGACUGGGCGGAGGCAUCUCGAGUCUGUCGAAGAUCUGCGUUGUGCGCCCGUCACGCCGGGCCGACGCACACGUCGACUUCACCUUUGUGCAGGUGGGCGUGCACAGCGCCGAGGUCGAUUACGCGGGCAACUGUGGGAAUAUGACGAGUGCGAUUGGGCCGUUUGCCGUGAACGAGAGAUUGAUCCGCCUCUCUUCCGAAAUAGAGACCGAGACGACGGUUUCGCUGUACAAUACCAACACCGACAAGUUGAUCCAUUCCACCUUCCCCGUCUACCGAGGCGAGGCGGUUGCCACGGGCGAUUUUGCCAUUGACGGAGUCGCCGGGACGGGCGCUCGUGUCAGGCUUGAUUUUCUCGAUCCGGCAGGCUCGCGGACUGGUUGUCUGCUGCCAACAGGGAAGAUAGUCGACUGUUUGGACGUGGGAGGAGACGGCAGAGAAGGUAGAGAAGUUGUUCGAGUGACGUGCAUCGACGUCGGCAACCCGAGUGUCUUUGUUUCAGCGGAUGAGCUGGGGAUCGAGGGUUCCAUGCUCCCGGACGAGACGCAACGGACGCCAGGCCUCCUGGAUCGACUGGAACGGAUUCGACGCUGUGCCGCCGUGGCGAUGGGGUUGGCUGAGGGGGUGGAAACGGUCGCGCCUUCGAUUCCUAAGAUCUGCUUUAUCUCGAAGUCAGCACCAUCUUCUUCUUCUUCUGUCGUUGUCAGGGCAAUCUCAACAGGGCAACCGCACAAGGCACUCCCCAUCACGGUCGGUUUGGCGGUCUCCGCAGCAGCAAGACUGGAAGGGAGUAUCGUUCAUGAAUGCGUGAGGAAAGAAGAUACCCAAGACACGGAUAUCGUCAUCGGACAUCCCAGUGGGCAGUUGGUGGUUGGGGCGGCGUACGAGGGAGGGAAAUUGCAGCGGGCAACGGUAUAUCGGACGGCGAGACGUUUGAUGGAGGGGAGGGUUUUUAUAGCCUAA